GGAGAGGGCAGGGAGGUGCUGGGGCACCCCCGGAGCCCCGGCUCGUGGAGGAGGAGCUGGGCUGUCCCCAGACCCUCGGGGACAGAACCGAGAGCCCACUGGCUGCAGCCAUGGGAGGUCUUUGGCAGCUGCCCUGGCCCCGCUCGCUGCUGCUCCUGCUGUUCCUCCCCACGCUUCAGGUGCAGGGAACUCAUCCUGACUGCUCCGUGGUUCUUCACUUCCAGAAGCGAGAGGCGGAAUGUCUGCAGAGGAUCCGGAACGAGAGCCACAGCCCGGGCCAGGCAGGGCAGGGCUGCCUGACCGAGUGGGACGGGGUCAGCUGCUGGCCCGGCCUGCCCCUUGGCCAGACCCGAGGUGUCGCCUGUCCCGAGAUCCUGAACGUCUUCAAGAAGUCCAAAGGGCUGAUCCAGAGGAACUGCACCGAGUGGGGCUGGAGCCCCCCCAGCCCCCCCUACCACAGUGCCUGCCAGCUGGAGACCCUUGGCAGCAACAAUGACACUGAGGCCAAGAGAGGCCAUUUUGUCACCAUAAAGGUGCUCUACACCUGUGGCUACUCCAUGUCGCUGGCAGCGCUGCUCCUGGCCAUUGGCAUCUUCUGCUGCUUCAGGAAGCUGCACUGCACCAGGAAUUCCAUCCACAUCCACUUCUUCACCUCCUUCAUCCUGCGGGGCACGGCCGUGUUCAUCAAGGACCGCGUCCUCUUCUCGGAUGAGUCCAUCGACCACUGCACCAUGUCCACGGUGACCUGCAAAGCAGCCAUUGCCUUCUUCCAGUACUCAGUGCUGGCCAACUUCUACUGGCUGCUGGUGGAGGGGCUGUACCUGCAGACGCUGCUGCUGCUCACCUUCACCUGCGACAGGAGCUACACCUGGGGCUACGUCCUCAUGGGCUGGGGCGUCCCCAUGGUCACAGUUGUGGUGUGGGUGCUCACCAGGCUCCAGUAUGACAACCAUGGGUGCUGGGACGACUACUCCAGCCUGUACUGGUGGGUGAUCAAGGCUCCCAUCCUCCUGGCCAUAUUUGUGAACUUCCUCAUCUUCCUCAACGUCACCAGGAUGUUGGCACAGAAGAUCCGGUGCCCGGACCUCAGCAGAACCCACAAGCAGCAGUACAUGAGGUUGACCAAGUCCACGCUGCUGCUCAUCCCCCUCUUCGGGGUGCACUACGUGGUGUUCGCGCUCUUCCCCGAGCACGUGGGCGUGGACGCCCGGCUCUACUUCGAGCUGGUGCUCGGCUCCUACCAGGGCUUCCUGGUGGCUCUGCUCUACUGUUUCCUCAAUGGGGAGGUCCAGGCUGAGAUCAGGAGGAACUGGGGCACGUGGCAGAGGUCCAUGGAGAGCAACGUCUUCAACCUGGCCACCCAGGACUUCACAGCAUGACCAGGACAGCAUUCCUGGAGUGGUGCUGCUGGAGGAGCAGCUCCAUGGCUGCAGCCCCAGAAAGACCCAAGCUCUCCUGAUUUUGGGGGUUCUGGGUCUGACACCCUCUGAGGGUGUUUGGAAUAACCAGAAAGAAUCAAGCUCUCCUGAUUUUGGGGGUUUUGGGUCUGACACCCUCAGAAGGUGUUGGGAACAACCAUGGGAGAGGCUCUGCCUGCUCGCUGCUGGUGGAUCUUGCACCCUGUGGUAGCACCUCACCCCUGGAGCUCUCACUGUUCACUGAGAAGCAGGCAAAGAGAAGUUCUCCACUUUUCUGCCUGAAACUGGGAAGGAAACACAAAAAAUCCUUCACUGAAGGAUGGCUGGUGGUGAAGGACUCUGAAAGAAAAGGAGCAGCACCAAUACUGAAGGGAUUCACUGAUGGAUGCUUUCCCCCUUCUUUGGUUUAGAAAAUCAUUUCCCUUCUGGGAAGAUUCCCCCCUGGGAUGGAGGAAGGAUACAGAGAGAGGCAAAACCCCACA